AUGUCUUACCAGCAGCAGCAGUGCAAGCAGCCCUGCCAGCCCCCUCCUGUAGUGUGCCCACCUAAGUGCCCUGAACCAUGCCCCCCUCCAAAGUGCCCAGAGCCAUGUCCACCUGUGCAGUGCCCACCUCAGCCAUGCCAGCAGAAAUGCCCUCCUGUGCAGCCACAACAACCCUGCCAGCAGAAGUGCCCACCCAAGAGCAAGUAA